AUGCUGCCAAAAUCGCAAUCUGUGUCACCAGGGCAGAGAGGGAGCAAGGUUAGGAGGAGGCAUGGUUCGGUAGGGGAGGAAGGGGUGCUGGAUAUAGGUCCAGCCCGAACCUAUAGCAAGACUAGGUUCGGCGGAGAGGCAGCAGCCGCGGCUGCAGCUGUAUCAGCUGGUGCUGCUGCUGGUAGUGGUGCUGCUGGUGCUGCUGCUGGUGCUGCUGGUGCUGCUGCUGAUGGCGCUACUUCCGGGGGUGAUGCUGCUGCUGCUGCUGCCGCUGCUGGUGAAGGCGCAGAUUCCACCAUCCACCAUGCUUUCCCCAAGUCAGCGUCCUCUGGUGGGCGGCCGCAGCAGCCCAAAAAGCAGGAAGAUGCUUAUAACGCGGAUGAUCUUGAUGGGGAGUCGCGUGAAGGAGAAGGGUUGGAGGAUUGUAACGAGGAUGGUUUUCACGGUAACGAAUCGCAUGGCUCGGUUCGUUCAGGUUCGAUCCGCAAGGGUGGGAGUGCUGGUGAGUGUGUGUCAGCAGUGGGGAGGCAAGAGGAAAGUGGUGGAGAAGGUACAGGCAGAAGCAAGGUAACGGGGAGAUCUGAGUCGCUUUUGAGAAAUCUGAGAGGCGACUCUGGCUCAGGAGCAACUCUCGGGGAAGAACCUGACAGAAGCAGGGCAGUGGGGAAGGAAGUGGGGAGUGCGAGAGGAGGUAGUGAGGGUGUGGGGAUGAUGGGAGGAGCUGAUGGGAGAGGGACGACGGAGGUGCAGGAGGAGCAGGAGGAUGAGGAAGAGGAGGAAAGGGAGGAGGAGGGGGAGGUGGAAGAGGAGGAGGGGGAGGAGGAAGAGGAGGAGGAGGAAGCUGAGGAGGAGGAGGAGGGGGAAGAGGAGGGAGAGGAGGAGGAAGGGAAAGUGGAGGAGGAAGCGGAGGAGGAGGAGGGGGGAGAGGAGGAGGAGGAGGUGGCAGUAAAAGGGGAGUUAUGGAAUGGAGGCGAGAGGACGAGGCAAGGGAAUAGUCGUGAUACUGCUGCUGCUUCACGCUCGGAUGUGGGUGGUAUACCACGUGCUGCUGCUGCUGCUGCUGCUGCUGCUGCUCCUGCUGCUCCUGUGUCUGCAGCUGUGGGUGGUAUACCACCUGGUAUGGCUGUGGGUGGUAUACCACGUGGUGCUGGCGCAGUUGCGAAGAGGCAGGAGCAGAGUGGAAGUGGGCACCAGCAGGUGCUAGUGCAGCCAGGAGUUCUCAUGCAGCACCACUCGCAGCACCAGACCCAGCAGCAGCAGCAGCAGCACCAGAUGCAGCAGCAGCAGCAGAUGCAGCAGCAGCACCAGAUGCAACAGCAGCACCAUGUGCAGCAGCAGCACCAGCAGCAAGAGGCACAGCCGCAAGAGCUGCAGCAACAGGCGCAGCAGCAGCCCCAGCAGCAACAACUCAUAUACUUGCAGGAGCUACAGCGUCUCCACUCGAUGGCUGUUGGGGUGAGUAGAGGGGGGAAGGGCGCAGGGAGUGGUAAAGACAAGGGAGGAGGAGAGGGGGAAGCAGGAGCAAAGGGAGGAGGAGCCGGGGGAAAAGGAGGUAGGGAGGGGGUGCGGGUAGGAGGAGGGGCAGGAGGUGUGGGAGAGGUGAGGAGAGUGGGAGCAGGGGGGGAGGUGAGGCGAGUGGGGGUACGGGAAGACAAGGUGAGGCGAGUGGCAGUACGGGUAGGUGAAGAAGAGAUGAAACCGAGGCUGUUCAAAUCCCAGUCGUUUGCUCUGGGAGGGGGGAAAGCAGGGGACACUGCUGCUGCUUUGGCAGGGGGGGCAGUGGGUGGUGGUGCUAGUAUGGGAGGUGUGUACAGAGGGAUGUUUAACCCGUACCAGCAGCAGCAGCAGCAGCAGCAGCAGCAGCAGCAGUGGCAGUACCAGCAGUACCAGCAGUUUCAGCAGUUUCAAGGAAAUAUGCUCCAAGGCCCGAGCAGCAGGCUAGCACCAGGGCUAGCAGGAGUGGAUAGUACCACUGCUGGUGGCGCUGGUGGUGCUGCUGAUGCUACUGGUGCUGGUGCUACUGGUAACCUGUUACCUGGUUACCGCGUUGGCAGCAGAAGCUUUGAUUCCGCCACCACCCUGUGUGCCAACAGUGACGGCGCUGCACCGGGCAACAGAAGCUUACCCGGUACGACUGGUGGGAGUGCUGGUAGUGCUGUUGCCACGGGCGGCCGGCAUCGCCCGUCUUAUAGUGUUUCUGCCUUGCCAAUGGCUGAUUGGAGCACUAUGGUUCCUGCUGUGGCUCCCACCGGGGGAGGUAUGGCAGGUAGUAGUGCUGUGGGAACCAUGGUUCCGGGUGCUAUGGCGUUUCCACCACAUUAUGGCAUGCCACCUGCUCCCGGGAUUGCCGGAUCUGGAACGAGGAUUGAUAGAAAGCGCAGCGCGUCAUGGGGUGGUGGGGCGGCUGCUGAUUCGGCACCUGGGUUCAUAGGUUGA